AUGGCAGCUUGCGCGAGCGGUCUGGGGCGGGAGAAUCUCGACAUCGAGAUAGCAACAAGAGCCCAUCUCGACGUCAAGAAGGAGCAGGAAGUAGGCGAAGUCCUGCCUUCAUACGAUACUGAGAUGAAAAACGGUGAACAGGCGGCAGUCUCCAUAGAGGUCCAAGCCGCAGUGCUCAUUCUAACCACUGUCGGCUCCGGGCUCAAUAUGCUCUUUUCCCUCCGCAAUCCGAGCAUCUUCAUUACGUCAAUCGUCGCCCAACUUGUGGCCUAUCCGUUGGGCGUGGCCUGGGCGCGGCUGGUGCCAGACCUAACGAUCACGCUCCUUGGCCACAAGAUGUCAUUGAGCCCAGGACCCUUUAAUAAAAAAGAGCACACUGUCAUCGUCGUCAUGGCCAAUGCAUCAUUCGGAAAUGGAUAUCUCUACGGCACCGAGUUACUCCUUACGCAGGAAAAGUUCUAUGGCUAUGGUUUUGGCUGGGGCUUCCGCAUCCUGCUCAUCGUGUCUACCCAAAUGAUGGGCUAUGGCAUGGCGGGUUUGUGCAGAAGAUUUCUUGUGUGGCCUGCUGCUAUGAUUUGGCCGGCGACUCUAGUCAACACAACGCUGUUCACCACGCUCCACGAUAAAACACCGACUACCCCAGGAAUGACAAGUGGUUGGGUUAUUGGGCGUUACAGAUACUUCCUUUACGUCAUGAUCGGGGCCUUUGCCUGGUAUUGGAUUCCCGGUGUCCUGUUCCAGGGCCUGAGCGUCUUUGCAUUUGCGACGUGGAUCAAACCAAAGAGCCCCAUCGUCAACCAGCUCUUCGGGGGAUUUUCUGGGUUGUCUCUGAUUCCUAUCACAUUCGACUGGACAUACGUCAGCGGAUUCCUCGCUAGCCCUCUUAUUCCUCCCUGGACUGCAAUUGCCAACAUGGUGGCCGGUAUGUCUAUCUUUGUCAUUAUGGGCGGCAUCAUCGCCCACUACUCAGAAGCUUGGUACUCUGCAUAUCUUCCAAUGAGCACCUCACGUGUUUACGACAAUACUGGGGCUCCCUACAACGUCAGCCGUGUCUUGGGCACAGGUUUUACUCUCGAUGUCCAAAAGUACAAGGCAUACUCGCCUGUCUUUGUCUCCACCACCAACGCGAUUGCUUACGGAUUACAACUUGGUACAGUUGUCGCUGUACUUGUGCACACCGCCCUUUUCAACGGAAAGGAUCUGUGGGCGCGGUUGCGAGCUGCCAGGGACCAGGAAGACGACAUUCACAUGCGUCUCAUCAAGAAGUAUCCGGACGCCCCGGACUGGUGGUACCUGGCCAUGUUCCUAAUUAUGCUCGCCCUCGCCUUCAUCACCUGUCUCGUGUGGGACUCGCAGCUGCCAUGGUGGGCAUUGGUCCUGUCUCUCAUCAUUCCGGCCGUGUGGAUCGUGCCCAUAGGCAUGAUCCAGGCGAUUUCGAAUAUUCAGCUAGGCUUAAGUGUCAUCACGGAGUUCAUCAUUGGAUACAUGCGACCUGGCCGACCACUGGGAAUGAUGCUCUUCAAGACAUACGGAUAUAUUACAAUGUUUCAAGGCCUUGCCUUCACCCAGGACCUGAAGCUUGGCCACUACAUGAAAGUGCCACCAAAGGCGCUUUUCUGGGCUCAAACUGUCGCCACUUUCUGGGGAAGCCUCGUCCAGGUUGCUGUGUACGGGUGGGCCGUGAAUGCCAUUCCGAACAUCUGUGAAGUUGACCAGGUCAACAAAUUCACAUGCCCCUAUGGAAAUACGUUCUUCACUUCUUCGGUGGUUUGGGGCUUGAUUGGGCCAGCUCGAAUCUUCAAUCCAGGCAUGAUUUACAACUCAGUGCUUUGGUUCUUCCUCCUUGGCCUUCUCCUGCCGAUUGCUGUCUUCGUAUGCUCAAAAGUAUGGCCUGAGUCCAGCUUCUUCAAAAACAUCAACACUCCACUGUUGAUUGGAGGUUCGGGGUAUAUUCCUCCGGGAACACCACUCUCAUACCUCUCCUGGGGAGCUGUUGGGUUCGUGUUCAAUAAUCUGAUCAAGAAUCGCAGGCGCGGCUGGUGGAUGCAAUACAACUAUGUCACCUCAGCUGCUCUGGACAUAGGUCUUGCCAUCUGCACCAUUUUAAUUUUCUUCACCAUUCAGCUUACAAACACCAAGGUGCCCCAGUGGUGGGGAAAUGUUGACGUGUUCAACACUCUAGACGCCAGUGUGGAUCUGAACGUCCAGAAAACGGUCAGUCCUGGCGAGACCUUUGGUCCUCAGUCUUGGUAA